UUUCACUCCUGCAAACUGCGCAGCGACUUUUCCUUUCUCAAGACGAAGGAAAAAAGUGAUAUUCCUCCGAGUGUCCAUUAAGAAGAAGCGACUACAUUCAGCAAGGGGUUGAGAAUUAAAAACGCGAGGCCGACCGCCUUGUAAACCGUAAAUCGGAUAAUCUAUCAUCGUCCUGACAGAAGAUCACUUUUCGCAAGUGUCCGCGAAAGCUCGUCUGUUUUUCUGUAACUUUUUGAUCUGCUGAACGGCGCGCGCGCGCUCCUGACACUCACGCGCAAAAUUGACGAGCUGCGAACUUCCAGCGUUAUAAGUAUAAAAGCAGCAGUCCCACCAUGAGCAAUUACACACAUUUAGACGACCUGCCGCCGCAGUAUUACCAAGGCACAGACCUUGGGGAAGAGGAAGAGGAGGAGAUGCCGGCGACCGAGAAGGACCUGGCCGAGGACGCGCCGUGGAAGAAGAUCCAGCAGAAUACGUUCACCAGGUGGUGCAAUGAACACCUCAAAUGCGUUAACAAGGGCCUCACUGACCUGCAGAAAGACCUGGGCGACGGCCUCAAACUCAUCUCGCUUCUGGAGGUCCUCAGUCAGAAGAAAAUGUACAGAAAGCAUCACGUCAGGCCAAACUUCAGACAGAUGAAGCUGGAGAACGUGUCGGUGGCGCUGGAGUUUCUGGACAGGGAGAGAAUCAAACUAGUGUCAAUAGACAGCAAAGCCAUUGUAGACGGGAACCUGAAGCUGAUUCUGGGUCUCAUUUGGACGCUCAUUCUCCAUUAUUCCAUCUCCAUGCCCAUGUGGGAUGACGAGGACGACGAGGAAGUUAAGAAACUGACUCCCAAACAGAGAUUGCUGGGCUGGAUUCAGAACAAGGUCCCAGAGUUGCCAAUUAACAACUUCAACAAGGACUGGAGGGAUGGCAAGGCUCUUGGUGCCCUAGUGGACAACUGCGCCCCUGGUCUGUGCCCUGACUGGCAAACAUGGGACCCAAACCAGCCUGUGGAAAAUGCUCGUGAGGCCAUGCAGCAGGCCGAUGACUGGCUUGGAGUGCCACAGGUGAUUGCUCCAGAGGAAAUCGUGGAUCCAGAUGUGGAUGAGCAUUCAGUGAUGACAUACCUCUCUCAGUUUCCCAAAGCUAAACUGAAGCCUGGAGCCCCUGUUAAGGCGAAGCAGCUGUACCCCAAAAAAGCCAAGGCCUAUGGGCCAGGUAUUGAGCCUCAGGGGAACAUGGUUCUGAAACCAGCAGUGUUUACUGUUGAAACACUGGAGGCUGGACUUGGUGAAGUGAUUGUAUAUGUAGAAGACCCGGAGGGUCACACUGAGGAGGCCAAAGUUGUUGCAAACAAUGACAAGAAAAGGACAUUCUCUGUCACCUAUGUGCCUAAGGUUGAGGGACCCCACAAGGUGAAGGUACUCUUUGCUGGUCAGGACAUUGAUAAGAGCCCAUUCAUGGUGAAUGUGGCAAAGGCUCUGGGUGAUCCUAAUAAAGUUCAAGCUCGGGGUCCAGGUUUGGAGGCGGAGGGCAAUGUGGCCCACAAACCUACCUAUUUUGACAUCUACACUGCAGGUGCCGGGGCUGGAGAUGUUAGUGUGGUCAUUGUUGACCCUCAGAAUAAAAACAACACUGUGGAAGUUAUUCUAGAAAACAAGGGUGAUAACAUCUUCCGCUGCACCUACAAACCUGUGCUGGAAGGACCACACACCAUCCAUGUGACCUUUGCUGGGCAGCCCAUUCCCAGCAGCCCCUUUAAAGUGCACAUCUCUGAGGCACAUCUUAAACCACCUGGAGCUCCAAAGCAGCUACCCCCUCAGAAAAAGAAAGCCAGCAAUGCCAAUGCCUGUCGUGCAACUGGCAGGGGAUUACAGCCUAAGGGUGUUAGGGUUAAAGAAGUGGCAGAUUUCACAGUUUUUACCAAAGGAGCAGGAACUGGGGAGCUGAAGGUGUCAGUGAAAGGUCCAGGGGGAGUAGAGGUGCCUGUGAAAGUGCGUGAUGUUGGUGAUGGAGUGUUUAAGUGUGACUAUUGUCCUGUUAAGCCUGGAAAAUAUACUGUAAACAUCACAUGGGGAGGACAACCUAUCCCACGCAGCCCAUUUGAGGUGGAGGUCAGCAAGGAAGCUGGACCACAAAAGGUGCGGGCCUGGGGUCCUGGCUUGAAGACUGGAAUGGUUGGCAAGUCAGCUGACUUUGUUGUUGAGGCUAUUGGCACAGAAGUAGGAACACUAGGUUUUUCUAUUGAGGGUCCCUCUCAAGCAAAGAUAGAGUGUGAUGAUAAGGGUGAUGGUUCCUGUGAUGUGCGCUACUGGCCCACUGAAGCCGGAGAUUAUGCAGUUCAUGUUGUCUGUGAUGAUGAAGAUAUUAAAGACAGCCCAUUCAUGGCCCAUAUCCUCCCAGCAGCCAAUGAUGUCUUUCCUGAGAAGGUCAAAGCAUUCGGGCCAGGCUUGGAGCCCACUGGAGUUACUGUCAACAAGUCAACACAAUUCACUGUUGAUGCCCGAGAAGCGGGAAAAGGAGGUCUGAAGAUCUAUGCUCAGGAUGCUGAGGGCUGUGUGAUUGACAUCCAGAUUACUGAUAAAGGAGAUGGCACUUUUGUUUGUGUGUAUGUUCCAACCAAGCCAGUGAAGCACACCAUUAUAAUUACCUGGGGGGAGGUUAAUGUACCCAAAAGUCCAUUUAGAGUUCUUGUUGGUGAAGGCUGCCACCCUGACAAAGUCAAGGUCUAUGGACCUGGAGUUGAGAAAACUGGCCUGAAGGCAAAUGAGCCCACUUACUUCACUGUCGACUGUAGUGAAGCUGGACAAGGAGAUGUCAGCAUUGGGAUCAAAUGUGCCCCUGGUGUGGUGGGUCCAGCGGAGGCGGAUAUAGAUUUUGACAUCAUUAAAAAUGACAAUGACACCUUCACUGUCAAGUAUACACCUCCUGGCCCUGGCCGUUACACCAUCAUGGUUGUCUUUGCAGAUCAGGAAAUCCCCAGCAGCCCGUUCAAAGUCAAGGUGGACCCAUCUCAUGAUGCUGGUAAAGUCAAAGCUGAAGGUCCUGGAAUUAACAAGACAGGUGUUCAGGUGGAAAUUCCAACCCAUUUCACAAUCUUCACAAAAGGAGCAGGAAAGGCAAAACCAGAGGUGCAUUUCAAAACGGCUGCCAAAGGAAAUGCUGUAAAGGAUUUUGAGAUCAUUGAUAACCAUGACUACUCCUACACUGUGAAGUACACAGCUCUUCAUCAGGGUGAGAUGGCUAUUGUGGUCACACACGGUGGGGAUCCCAUUCCCAAAAGUCCUUUCAAGAUCACAGUCGCCCCUUCACUUGAUCUUGGCAAAGUCAAAGUUCAAGGUCUUAAUGAAAAAGUGGAAGUUGGAAAGGACCAGGAGUUUAUUGUGAACACAAAAGGGGCUGGUGGACAGGGUAAGGUAAAUGUGAGCAUAACCUCACCCUCUGGCAGACCAAUACCUUGUAAGCUGGAAUCAGACAAGACAAACGAGGCAACCUGUGUGAAAUACAUCCCACCUGAGGAGGGCCAUUACAAGGUAGACAUCAGCUAUGAUGGGAACCCUGUUCCAGAAAGUCCCUUUUCUGUGGAGGGACUCAUGCCUGCUGAUCCUUCCAAGGUUCGGGCCUAUGGACCAGGACUGAAGGGUGGUAUUGUGGGCCAGCCAGCAAAGUUCACUAUAGACACAAAAGGAGCAGGUGCUGGUGGUCUGGGUCUAACACUGGAAGGUCCCUGUGAGGCUAAGAUUGAAUGCCAAGACAAUGGUGAUGGAACUUGCUCAGUUGUCUACCUGCCCACAGAAGCUGGGGACUAUAACAUCAAUAUUCUCUAUGGGGAGGCUCAUAUCCCUGGCUCUCCUUUUAAAGCAGUUGUCAAGCCUGCUCUGGAUGCUGGCAAGGUUAUAGCGAGUGGCCCAGGACUGGAAAGGGCCAAAGCUGGCGAGGUGGCCAGUUUCACAGUGGACUGCAGUAGAGCCGGAGAGGCUGAACUCACUAUUGAGAUUGUGUCAGAUUCAGGGGCUCAAGCUGAAGUUUGCAUUCAAAACAACAAAGAUGGAACAUUUUCUGUCACCUACACUCCACUCUUUCAUGGGGUACACACUAUUACCAUUAAAUAUGGAGGUCAGCAGGUGCCCAAGAGCCCCAUACAUGUGAAAGUGGAGCCAUCUGUGGACACUAGUGGAAUUAAAGUCUAUGGACCAGGAGUUGAGCCCAAAGGGGUCCUCAGGGAGGUGACAACACAUUUUAUUGUGGAUGCACGGGCCCAUGCUAAGACCAAAGGAGGCAAUCAUGUUAAGAUCCGGAUCAUCAAUCCAUCAGGCGCAAACACAGAUGCUUAUAUUACUGAUAAGGGUGAUGGCACAUAUAGAGUGGAAUAUACAGCUUUCGAGGACGGUUUGCACCUGAUCGAGGUCUUUUAUGAUGAUGUUGCUGUUCCUAAAAGCCCCUUUAAGGUGUCAGUUGUUGAAGGUUGUGACCCAACACGUGUCCGGGCUUAUGGUCCAGGCUUGGAAGGUGGGAUAGUCAACAAACCCAACUGCUUCACAGUAGAGACAAGGGGUGCUGGGACAGCUGGUUUGGGCUUAACCAUUGAAGGUGCAUCAGAGGCUAAAAUGCUCUGUAAAGACAACAAAGAUGGUAGCUGCAGUGUUGAAUAUAUGCCUUUCACUGCUGGAGACUACGAUAUCAAUAUUGCUUAUGGAGGCCAACCUAUUCCAGGCAGUCCAUUUCGGGUGCAUGUUAAGGAUGUUGUAGAUGUCAGUAAGGUGAAGUGCUCUGGUCCUGGACUGGCUAACAAAGUUACUGCACAUGUUCCACAAACCUUCACUGUGGACUGCAGCAAAGCUGGAGUGGCUCCUCUAGAGGUACAGCUGUAUGGACCAAAAGGAACUCCGGAGCCUGUUGUUGUUAAAAACAAUAGGGAUGGAACACACACUGUCAACUACACCCCUGCGCAGGAGGGGCCACACACUGUGUCUGUUAAAUAUGCCAACCAAGAAGUACCUGGCAGCCCUUACAAAGUUAAUUCAGCUCCCUCGCAUGAUGCCAGUAAGGUACGUGCUAGUGGACCUGGCUUGGACACUACAGGAGUGGCUGCCAGUCUACCAGUGGAGUUUACCAUUGAUGCUCGUGAUGCAGGGAAAGGCCUUCUGACAGUUCAAAUCCUAGAUCCAGAAGGAAAACCGAAAAAAGCCAGCAUUCAUGACAACAAAGAUGGAACCUACACUGUGUCUUAUGUACCAGACAUGACUGGCCGCUACACCAUAACUAUCAAAUAUGGCGGCGAUAACAUUCCAUAUUCACCUUACAAUGUCCAAGCCUUUCCUACUGGUGAUGCCAGCAAGUGUCUGCUCACAGUGUCUAUUGGUGGACAUGGUGUUGAAAGCCUUGGGCCCAAUAUCCAGAUGUCGGAAGAGACAGUCAUCACUGUGGAUGCAAAGGCUGCUGGAAAAGGAAAGGUAACAUGCACAGUUCAGACCCCGAAUGGCAUGGAGCUGGAUAUGGAUGUUACAGAAAAUCCCGAUGGCACCUUCGACAUAUAUUACACGGCACCCGAGCCGGGAAAAUAUGUCAUCACAAUCCGCUUUGGAGGUCAACACAUUCCAAAAAGCCCUUUUCAAGUCAUGGCUACAGAUCAACCUGUUGCCCCGAGAGAGGACACCAAACCCAUGUUUCAACCUCUGAAUUUAGUUAUCCCAUUCACUGUCCAGCAAGGAGAGCUCAGUGGAGAAGUGCGCAUGCCCUCUGGAAAGACAGCUCGUCCAUUCAUUAGGGACAACAAAGAUGGGACGGUCACAGUGCAGUUUCAGCCAACAGAGAGAGGCUUGCAUGAAAUGGACAUAAAGUACGAUGGCAACCACAUCCCAGGAAGCCCUUUGCAGUUCUAUGUUGAUGUAACGAACAGUGGAAUGGUCACAGCCUAUGGACCCGGUCUAUGCCAUGGAACGGUCAAUAAACCAGCCUCUUUCACUGUUGUCACUAAGAAUGCAGGACAAGGAGGUUUAUCCCUUGCUGUUGAGGGUCCAUCUAAAGCUGAAAUCAGCUGUAAGGACAAUAAAGAUGGCACCUGCACUGUGUCCUACUUGCCGACGGCACCGGGCGAUUACAACAUCAUUGUCAAGUUUGACAACAGCCAUAUCCCUGGCAGCCCCUUCACAGCAAAGAUCACUGGUGACGAUUCACUCCGACGUUCUCAACUGAAUGUUGGCACAGCAGCAGAUGUCUCACUAAAGAUCACAGAAACUGACCUGAGCUAUCUGACAGCUAGCAUCAAAGCUCCAUCAGGAAAGGAGGAACCUUGCCUACUGAAGAGAUUGCCCAAUCGGCACAUUGGUCUCUCCUUUACCCCAAAGGAAGUGGGGGAGCAUGAGGUCAGUGUAAGGAAAAGUGGAAAACAUGUGAACAACAGCCCUUUCAAGAUUAUGGUUGGACCAUCUGAAAUCGGAGAAGCCAGCAGGGUCAAGGCUUUUGGUAAAGGACUAGUUGAAGCACACACCUUUGAAGUGGCCGAGUUUUUUGUGGACACUAGAAAUGCUGGAUAUGGAGGACUUGGAUUGUCAAUUGAGGGUCCAAGUAAAGUGGAUAUCAACUGUGACGAUGUGGAAGAUGGAACAUGCAAAGUGACAUAUUGCCCAACUGAACCAGGCAACUACAUCAUCAAUGUCAAAUUUGCAGACAAACACAUACCAGGAAGUCCAUUUACAGUGAAGGUAACAGGAGAAGGAAGAAUGAAGCAGAGUAUAACAAGGAAAAGGCAAGCUGCCUCUAUUGCAUCAGUAGGCAGUGCAUGCGACCUAAACCUAAAAAUUCCAGGAAAUUGGUUUCAAAUGCUGUCAGCACAGGAGCGCUUAACUCGUACCUUCACUCGCAGCAGCCAUACUUACACACGUACAGAGCGCACAGAAAUCAGCAAGACACAUGGUGGUGAGACUAAGCGGGAGGUACAUGUAGAGGAGAGCACACAGGUUGGCGGCGGUGGCGGCGACCCUUUCAGAGAUGUAUUUGAAUCCUUCCUGGGAAGAGACAGACUGGGUAGCUUUGGUACAAUCCGGCAAGAAGGAGAAACAGGGAUCCAGGGAAUGACAGCCCAGGUCACCAGCCCUGGUGGAAAUCUGGCAGAUGCAGAGAUCGUUGAUAGUGGAAACAGUACCUACAGAGUCCGUUUUGUGCCUACUGAAAUGGGUUCUCACACUGUCAACGUCAAAUACAGGGGCGAGCAUGUACCUGGAAGCCCCUUCCAGUUUACAGUUGGGCCACUUGGGGAAGGAGGUUUCCACAAGGUCCGGGCUGGAGGCACAGGCCUAGAGAGAGCUGUCGCAAAAGUUCCCGCUGAAUUCAGUAUUUGGACAAGAGAGGCUGGAGCAGGCGGUCUGUCCAUUGCUGUAGAAGGGCCGAGCAAGGCUGAAAUCAACUUUGAGGACAGAAAAGAUGGAUCUUGUGGUGUUACCUAUGUUGUGCAAGAGCCUGGUGACUAUGAAGUUUCUAUCAAGUUCAAUAAUGAGCAUAUCCCAGACAGUCCCUUUGUUGUUCCUGUUGCCACACUAUCAGAUGAUGCACGACGACUUACUGUUACAAGCCUUCAGGAAAAGGAUUUAAAGGUUAAUCAGGAAGCUUCAUUUGCAGUUCAGAGGAAUGGAGCGAGGGGUGUCAUAGAUGCAAAAGUUCACGCUCCAUCUGGUGUGGUAGAGGAGUGUUAUGUCACCGAAUUGGAUAGUGACAAAAAUGCAAUUCGCUUCAUUCCACGUGAGAAUGGUGUUCAUUCAAUCGACGUGAAGUUUAAUGGAAGCCACAUCCCAGGCAGCCCAUUCAAAGUCCGUGUGGGAGAAGCAGAAAGUGUUGGAGAUCCAGGAAUGGUGUCUGCUUUUGGUCCUGGACUUGAGGGUGGACGCACAGGAGUCCCAUCUGAGUUUGUCGUCAACACAUGCAAGGCUGGUUCUGGUGCUUUAUCUGUUACUAUUGACGGUCCCUCAAAAGUCAAAAUGGAUUGCAAUGAGUGCCAAGAAGGUUACAAAAUCUCUUACACACCAAUGGCACCAGGAAACUAUCUCAUAUGCAUUAAAUAUGGUGGGCCACAGCAUAUUGUUGGCAGCCCCUUCAAAACAAAGGUCACAGGUAUGCGUCUUUCUGGGGGCCACAGUUUGCACGAAACUUCAUCAGUCAUUGUGGAAACUGUUACCAAGUCCUCAAAGAUGGCCGGAGCCUACAGCUCUCUGACCAGCUCUAUGCCAACCUCAGACGCCAGUAAAGUCGUGUGUCACGGUGCUGGCCUUUCCAAAGCCUUCGUGGGUCAGAAGAACAGUUUUUCUGUCGACUGCAGUAAAGCAGGUACAAACAUGCUCAUGGUUGGUGUCCACGGUCCCAGAACUCCAUGUGAAGAUGUGACAGUCAAGCAUAUGGGAAACAAGCUUUACAAUGUGACCUACACCGUGAAGGAGAAAGGAAACUAUGUAGUGAUUGUUAAAUGGGGGGACGAAACUAUACCAGGGAGUCCUUUCCAUGUAAGCGCUCCUUAAACACAUAAAGUCAAACCCUAUAUAAAAUAUUUGCUUAAUCCAGGAGAAAGAAUGUGGAGUGAAAGGCUUAUUUUUAAGACUGAAGCUUAUUUUAGAGGCCAAUGACCUUUAUUUAUUUAAUGCUAGCCUGUUUGACUCAAGUGUAUUUUAAUACUGUUUCGGAUGCUGUUUAUUGUUAAGAGAGUCAAUUUAAGUUUAAAAUUAAUUAAAUAGGUAUAUCUACCUAAUUCUGUUUUGUUUAACCACCUAAAGAAAAUAUAUGUGUAUUGUAUUGAGGGAGAUUUAUUGUUCUUCGAGGCACUUUUGAUGGUCAUGGGACAUCACAGCAAUAUUGGUUUUGUGUUCCGACAAUGUAUAGAUGUAUCUGCUUUUAUAUGCUUUAUAGAAUGUUAUUUUAUGAUCUUAACCAACUAUUUAAUAUGCAUUUGGAAACUGAAAUAAAGAAUAAAACUAA